UCAUAAAAGAAUUCCAAGAGUUUUAGAAUGUAGCACAGGACUAUAAAGACUUGAAACUCACCUGCUCAGUUUGUGGCGAGCAAGGAGUAGUUAUCAUUAACGGUGUUAAAAGUUGUUGAUAGAGUUUUUAUCGUCUGCUAAAUAUGGGACAGCGACUUUCUCGAAGAGAAAAGGUGGAGGAAGGAGGUGAUGAGUGUGUGCAUGAGGUCAAUCCCCGUACAUCAGUUACAUCCACCAAACACAAGGCGAAGAUCCGUCCUCGUCCUGAUGAGACGCCUGCGGGAACCGGUGAGGGACAGCAGGAGAAAGGGCGAAAGAAAACAAAGAAAAACAGGAGGUUCCCCUCUCUUUUCUGUUGUUUGUCUCACCCCAAAUCCACCGGAGCUCAGGAUGAGCAGGGUGAGGUGGACCAGGACGCUGACUCCGGACCGUCCAUUAGGUGUUCUGAUGAUCAGACUUCUCUACAGGACAUCAUCUGUACUGUAGAGGACAAUGAUCAUCAGGAGGCUUCUUCCAGUCGUCCUGAAGACUACAUAAGUGCUGAGGACCAGCUAAUGGAAGAUCAGGACAGUCCAGUUACUCUGUCAGAAGGUGAGAGUGUGUCACAACUGCUGAGAGAGCUGGACUGUAAUGAGAUCACGCGGAUCCAGGACCACAUUUGCUGGAAAUAUGAUAUCGGCAAGAAGAUGGGGGAAGGAGGAUUCGGCUCCGUCUUUGAGGGGACCCGGUACAAGGACGGCCUUUCGGUGGCUGUGAAACUUGCAGCCAAGACAGAGAAUAUGCCAUACAUUAGCCUUCCUGAUCAUCCCAGUCCGGUUCCUCUUGAGGUGGCCCUGACAAUCAUGGCCAAUCAAGGCCCCAGCUGUAGCCAAAUCAUAGAGUUGCUGGACUGGCAGGACCAUCCAGACCAGUAUAUCAUGGUCCUAGAGCGGCCCUCACCCUGUGUCGACAUGCACAUUUUCUGGGAGUAUAAUGGCCACCUCUUUAGUGAGGAGUUAGCGCGUCAUUUCAUGUGGCAGGCGAUUGAUGCUGCUGUCGUGUGCUGUUCCCGGGGGGUGUUCCACCGGGACAUCAAAAUGCCAAAUCUCCUCGUCAACACAGAGACCCUGGAGGUCAAAUUGAUCGAUUUUGGGUGCGGGGACCUCCUGAAAAGCUCUUCUUACAAAACCUACUCUGGGACAGCGAUGUACUGCCCUCCCGAGUACUUCGAGAAGGGUGAGUACCACGGGAAGGAGGCAACAGUGUGGUCGCUGGGCGUGCUGCUGUUUGCCAUGAUCACCAGCCUUUUCCCGGACAGCAGCGAUAUCAGCUUGAUGGACGCUGAUGUGUGGUUCCAGCCGGGCUUCUCAGACGAAUGCUGCCGUUUUAUUCGAGGUUGCCUGAAGAGCAACCCAGAACAGAGGCUUCUUUUGGAGGAGAUGCUGUUUCAUGACUGGUUUGAGGUACUAAGUCUAAGAUAAGCUCAAAUGUAUAUAUUGACACAUGGUCGUUUGUUUAUUUUUCGCCUGUUUGUUGGUUUGGUUUGAUUCUCUCAAUAUGGACAUCCGCUUCCUUUUGGUUACUAUUCAGUACCUGCU